AACGAAACGAAAAGUCGGCCAAUUUGACAUUUUGUCAUGACAUUUCGUUAUUUCAGUGCAAGUUUUUCUCAAUUUUCCCUUUAAUUCCUUGUAUUUAUUUCCCAAUUUCAUGUAUUAUGAAUAGAUAUUCCUACAAUACAGAUUCGACGUAUCAGGAGCACCAGAGUGUUAUGGGAAGUGAGAACAUCAUGGAUGAACUUGCAUCACUAAUUCGCACAGACAUUCCGGAGGGGCGACAGAACCUCAAGGAGAGCUUCACAAAUCUGGAGCGAGUGGCUGAGUACUGUGAGGAUACGUAUUACAGGUCAGAAAACAAGAAGGCAGCCCUCGAAGAGACGAAGAACUACACGACUCAGUCGCUGGCCAGUGUGGCAUAUCAAAUCAAUACACUGGCCUACAACUACCUCCAGCUGCUGGAUCUGCAAGCGCAACAAUUGGCUGAAAUGGAGUCACAAAUGAAUCAUAUUGCACAAACUGUUACAAUUCACAAGGAAAAGGUGGCCAGGAGGGAGAUUGGCGUUUUAACAGCCAAUAAAGUGAAUUCGCGUCAGUACAAGAUUGUAGCCCCAAUGAACCCGGAGAAGCCGAUAAAGUACGUCCGGAAGCAGAUUGACUACAAUUUGCUGGAUGAGAUUGGACACGGUGUAGCUGCAACACAUGCAGCAAUGAAGCAGAAGCACCGUGGCUCUAGUCAGAGUUCCAUUCAAUCCAUGGGAACACCCACAGUUGGCCCUCCGCCCACAACAAAGCCCCCAACGCCACCGCAAAUGUCCCGUGGGAAUACGGGGACACUGGGCAAGGCAGCUGGUAGCACGGGGACACUGGGGAAGAGUUCCAGGGAAUACAGAACGCCACCAGUUGUUAUUCCACCCCAAGUUCCGUCUCACUAUGCACCCAACUACCCAAUGGGGCAUCCCCGGAGGACAGGGCAGGAGCGUGGGCCGGGCUAUAGCGCUCUCCCAAUGCCACCGAGUCAACAGAUUGCUACGCACAUUCAUGCACCUCAAGUUGGUAUGGUGCACCCAAUGCCAGCACCCCCAGCUUCCAUUUACGAUGACAGGAACAACAUGCCGCCGCCCCCCUCAUCACUAACAAUAACUCAUGCCAUGCCAGAUCAUGGACAUCCAGCUCCGGGGCAUAUUGGGAUGCAUACGCUCAGCCGCAACAGGCCGGGUUCGCAGUCACCCCCAUUGCCACCACCUCCACCGCCCGAGGAGACGGAGCACUCUGAUUUUGGACGCCCACGCACAUCUCAAGGUCCUUUAGCACCAAUUGUGCCCGAUGAUCAAAAUCUCCCUGGGUGGGUGCCGAAGAAUUACAUUGAGAAAGUUGUCGCCAUUUACGAUUACUACGCCGACAAAGAUGAUGAACUUAGCUUCCAGGAGAGUUCUGUACUUUAUGUGCUCAAGAAGAAUGACGACGGAUGGUGGGAGGGUGUAAUGGAUGGUGUUACUGGAUUAUUUCCUGGAAAUUAUGUGGAGCCCUGUGUUUAAAAACUUCCACCACAUUUCAAUGUAUUACAACUUUAACAAAAAACAAAUGAUUUAGGGAGCUUUAUUAGUCUUCUUUCGUUGCAAUCUGUAUGACUAUUAAUACCUACAUACUAUUUAAUACUCUUCUAGAGACCAUUGUAUGUGCAAAUGAGGCACUUUAAAAAAAAUCACAUGUCAUUUAACUAUUUCAAAAGUUUCUGGUUAUACCUACAGAAUGCUGAAUGUACGUAAAAUUGUGCGAACAAUUCGUAAUUGCUAUCCAUAAUAUUUUAGCUGAGAGAGAGAGAGAAAAUUAAUUUUGAUCCUAAUAUAAAGGAUUUCCAUGCAUUUUGUAUGCUUAAGAUUAAUAACUCUUUUGCAUGGGGUUGAAAAGGAUGAAUUUGUGCAGAAGAAAAAAAUAUGUGGGAGUCCCUUUUUUUGCGAGAGAGAACUUAAUGAAAAGUUUCAACAAAAAGCUCGAGGAAAUAUUUAUUAAUAUCAAAAUUAAAAUGAAUAAUGAAAUAGGAGAAGGAUGGGGGAGACACGAGGGAUCCCUUUAGGAAAUAUUUUAUGUGUAGGCGAUUGAUUAAAUUAAAAUGCAUUAUAUUAUA